GCGGCGGCGGCUGAUCGUCAUGGUCUUUUCAGCGUUACCGGUGGUAACAUGGGUGUCGCUCGCUGAACGCUAGUCACACGCACACCUGCUCUAUUGCCGUGCACGUAACGUAACGCACCGUUCGGCACACCCCGAGUCACACUCGCAUCCCAUUCAUUCAAAAUCAGCAUUUUUGAAGGGACGCAAAACUUAAUUGACUCGUGGAUGUAAUGUGAUCAUUAUCCUCAUCAAUACAUUAUUUAACCUUUGGCUUAGUGACGAUGUUUGCGUGAUAUGUGAUAUAUACUCGAAUUGCAGUCAACAUAAAGCUCUUAUCGGCAAAAUGCCGCGUCCGUGCCGGGACAGUUACGGCGACCAGAAGCCGCCCUACUCCUACAUCUCGCUGACGGCGAUGGCCAUUUGGAACAGCCCGGAGAAGAUGUGCACGCUGUCGGAGAUCUACAAGUUCAUCAUGGACAACUUCCCUUACUACCGCAAGAACACCCAGCGGUGGCAGAACUCCCUCCGCCACAACCUCUCCUUCAACGACUGCUUCAUCAAGAUCCCCCGCAGGCCCGACAGGCCCGGCAAGGGCGCCUACUGGACCCUCCAUCCCUCCGCCAUGAACAUGUUCGAGAACGGCAGCUUCCUCCGCAGGAGAAAACGCUUCAAGAUUCCCAAGCCCGAGAAGGAGGCCCUGGAAGCGGGCCUGGCCCAUUUGCACGGGAGACCCAUCGACCCUCUGGACGCCCCGAGACUGACCGAGGGCACCAGCUGCCCCGGCGUCCAGCCACACAACAGGCAACCGUUUACCAUAGAAAAUCUGGCCGCCUCAGACGCGAAACCGCCCACACUGACAGCGCCCACGCCUGUGUAUCCACCAGGUACCCACCUGUCACAUCUGAACGCCCAUCUCGCUAACCUGAGAAGUGUUGGGGCGUACGCCAACAGGAAUAUUGGACUGAGCGCCCUCAGUCACAACACCCUCGUACCUAACCUGGAGGCAGCCCACGCUGCUGCUGCAGCCGCCGCCCAUGCUGCUCUCACGCCCACGUCGUUAGCAACCUCUCUCGGGACGGCCUUCACGUCAUCUUUAAACAGCAGCUUCACCAAUUCCUUCAGCGCUUCACUCAGCAAUUCCCUGAGCGGGCACCUGGCAGCGUCCCUCAGCAACUCUCUGGAGAGCUCCUUGAGCAGUUCCCUCGGGGGAACACUGGGGGGCUCCUUGACAGGUUCUUUAGGGGGCCUAGGAAGCCUUGGCGGCCUGGGCACGGGCGUACCUCCUCUAGGGGCCACAGUUCCGCCGAGUCUUGCAACAUCUCUUCAGCAAUUAUACAGCGCUGCCCUAUCUCAAAUGCCCGAUCUCCAGAGCCCCCCGGGUGGUCUACCGUCACCUCUCGUUCGCCUCCCACCACCCACGCUGCCAUUACCGGUACCUGUGCGGCCCACGCCCCUACCACCAGGCCUUCUUCACGCCAUCCCUCCCACUCACCCACCGCCGCCACCGCCUCCUCUGCCGUCUCUCCCGCCCUUAUCGCUAUUCAACUCCAAAUUGCGGUGCAUGGCCCCGUUCUUCCCGGAGGACCCCCUCCCGGAGGAUAAUCUGGACUCCGCGAACGACGAAAAGCAAUCAUCCAUCGGGCGCCAGGAAAACAGCAACACUGCCCUCAACCACCGACCGUCCAAGGGACCGACACCGCCGCCCUCGGGGGUAACGAGGGCUUCACCCCUGGGCAGGGUCAUAUGACAGUAGUGUCGCGGGACGGUGAACGAAGUUGCCCGUCCUGUCUCAUAGGCUGCCAAAACAUUAUAUAAUAUGUAUAUAAUAAUGUAUUGUACAUGUCAAAUGAUAUUAGCAAACUUGACGUUUGUUCCCUGAAAAGUGACGACAAGUGCUCCUAUGACACUUACGCACAGACACUUCAGUGCCAUCGCUCAGGUGGUGUGACAAGUCGUUCGGACGCGCGUUGACAGAUGGUUUUGUAACUCAGGUGCAAAUCGGACAACGGAUGAGACGGAAGUUUAUAUGCAGACAAAAUAACAAACAGUCUUUUCUUUUAAUGUUAAAAAUGAACACGAAUGAACAGAAGUUACUUAAAGCUGCACUUCAAAAUGUCCCAGUCGUACUGAAAAUCUGAAAGAGCAUAAUUAUCAAAUGAAAAGUUAUAAUGAAGUCAACCCCUGCAGUGAUUAUAGCGGCGAGAAUAUCAUUUUCCCCAUCGUUAUCAUUAUCAUCAUCAUCAGCAACAGCAGCAGCAGCAGCAUCAUGACUCAUCAUCAUCAUCGCUAGCAUGCAAGCAAGCAAGCAGAUAGAGAGCAGCGUCCUCCAAGCCACGAGGACCCCCUCCUCUUCCGCCUUCAUUCCGAGGAACAAGAGGACAACAAAAUCUAAAUUAAGUAACAUUCUGUAAAAAAAAGUUACUGAGAUUUGGUAUAGUCAAUUUAACUGACCUGUGAUGUAAAAUGAGAAACAGAAGGCCACAAUGAAGCCACAGUAAUUUACCCCUACAUUUACCACUGGGCCCCCCUCCCCCCCAACUAUAUUCAUUCCCCAAUCGAAAAUCAUAAAAAUCCUUUCUUCAAUCACAAAGUCCUAAUUGUCCACGCCCUUCGCCAAGUAUCCUGUACCAAUUAAACAACUUCCCGUACGUCCGUCAGUAAAUAUCCUUUCAAAUCCAAAGUCAUCCUACAAUUCAAGAAUCCCACUUCCUUACCCCUAAUCCCUCUCCCACAAUCUUUCACCGCUCGCCCUUUCUCUUUCCGUUUUAUUAUUAUUAUAAUUUUUUUUUCAAACCCGCUCUCACUCCCUCCACAACUGAUAAGCACGAGUUGAAGCCACGUGCCUUUGAUCGUACGCCGCUAUCAGCACGUGUGAAUCAACUGCAUUCACAAUAUUACGUACUAAUAAAUAUAGC